CAGUUGAUGAAAUUUCUAGAAGCGUUUUAGUUUUUACUUCUCUUUCAGCUGGCGCCAUUUAUCAUCCUCUCAACGAUCUUGAAGCCGUGAUUAACCAUUAUCACGCAAGCUUCUUGUGUACAACUUCAUCCCGAGGAUUGAGCAACACAGCUUCGAAGUGAUCGUGUCCACAAAUCCAAUGGCUGCGGUUUCGGGAACCGGGGCCGAAUCGGGUUCUAGAGUUGUCAUAGGCAUCGACGACCGGGAUACCGACCUGGAAGCAGAACCCAUCGCCUACGAACCGGCAGGGCCAACGCGGUAUCCCAAGUCAAUUCUGGAGCUUGUUUACCACACCGUAGCCGGAGAUCCCGACGCAAAAUGGGGUCCGUUCCAGCCAUAUAUCAGAGCAUCUAAGAAACGAGGAACCUGGAGGGAAUGGACGAUCCGCCAGAUCGCAAAAGCCGCACCUAGGGACGUCGCGGAUCGGGACGAAGAAUCGGAAGACGACGAUGACAGUGAUUAUGGAGAUGGUGAAGCACAAGGCGAAGGAAGAGCCGAGAGAAGAACUCGAGGGAGCUUCUCAUUUAACUUGGAUGACUUUGCACUGGACAACCGUCCCGCGCACAUCGACUUCGCAGCUCUUUUACAACAGGAGUCGCAUCCCGCCGACUACGACGACGACUUCUUCAAGAAGCAUUAUGGCAAUUUAUACACUAGGACGGUCAAGUUUGUAAAAAAAUGGUUCGACAGCAAGGUGGAUCUAACUAGAAUAGCGGGCGACGAUAUAUGGGCGUCGCCCCUGACCGACCAAUUCAUCCAGUACGCCCGCCUCGUCGCCCACGAGGAUCAAACCCGCGGCGGAUGGCCUAUCAUAUUGAACCACCCUACGCAGCGGAGAUGGCUCAUAGUGGGAAUCCUGGCACAGGUCAUGGAAAAGAAGAUAUUUAAUGAGCUUCUCUUCGGCGCGGACCAGGCCACGCGAGAGGAGUUGGAAAGGCUCGAUGACCGGUGGUUGCAAAAAGAAGGGUAUCAUCGCAAAGCCGUUCGCGCUAUCACCGCCCGGUACGGUGUCGAAGCAGGCUUACUGCCGGGAAACUUCUGGCCUGCAGUCGACGAGCUGACGGCUAAGACGAUGAAGAUCUUCUUGCCGCUGCUCAACGUGUUCAAGGAGAUCUGGCCUCGGAGGGAGCUGUACACUCCGGAGCUAUUCUUACAGGAACUCCACAACAUAAUCUCGUACGCUGGUAUGAUCCAGGUCUGCAUGGCCGUGUCGCCUUCCAUCUUCCAUAUCUUGUCCGCUUCGCCCGGCGCUCGCAUGGACUAUGCCAUCGAGAAACAAUCCGACAUGGAACUCUAUCGCGAAUCCAAGGAUUUCUACGAGGUUCUCGAUCAGGAGUGGCGGGCGAAAGUUGAAAUUGCUAUGAGAGCGCGGGACGCCGGAGGGAAUGCCCCUCCAGGACAGAUCGACGUGCCCUCUAACGACGAAGAGCGUAGUGUCAUGGAGUAUCAUCGCAUCCGAGGCGCUAGGGUCAAGUUCGCCGUGUUUCCCAAGAUCACUCGUUACAAGCCAGAGAAUAAGGGGAAAGGCACUCUCGGGCUGCACUUGUACGGCAGAUAUCCAGAGGACAAUGACGAAACAGAGCUUGAGGGCCAGACUAUCAUCGAUAUCUCCGACUGUUUGGUCGUCUACUUCCAGGGGUUGAUAUACCCACCGCCAGGCUUAGCCGAGGGAGAAUCCUUAGACGCGCAUAUCCAUCGGUUUUCCACCCAAACAAAUGGGCUCAUCGACCUGUUGGCCCGGGCAGCCUCGACUUGUUACCUCGCACUCCGGACACUGACCACGCACUUCUUGGUGAUCACUCUGACGCUCGCCGCGCCCAUCCUUGCCAUCUUGCUGGUUUAUUGGGCGAGAGACAUUGCCUACUACUUGCUCCGUUGCUGGGUUAUCGCCAUCUUAUGGAUUUCGUUCGGCAUCUAUUGUCGAGCAGCAAGUCUUGCAGAGAGAAAUGAUCGGCGGUCGGGAAUCGUUUUGCUGUCUCUACCACUCUUCAUUUUGAUCAUUUUGAUAUUCACCGGACUCUACUAUAUCUUGACACGACCGAACGUCCUAAACGCUUCAAUACGAGUCAUUCUGCAGGCUGCGGAGAGAGCUCGGGGAGACUUCAUACGUUACAUUAGGGCAACGCCGCAAGCGAACAGCUUAUGAGCACUAUCCGAGAGAAUAUCACAGAGCGUCUUCGACGGCAAAGGAGUUGGGUACGGAGUGGAAA